AUGUCUCAUAUGGCUCCUCACUCUGGGGGCGCUGUCCCAGCCAAGCGCCACAGCAAAGCCAAUGCUGAUGAGCCUGACGAUCUAUUCCCGGAUAUCCCUGAAGCUAAGAAGCGAAAGUUCAUCCUUGUCGAGGACAACGUUCGCGGAUCUCGUCUCCGGGUCAGGGUCACCCUUGAGGGCGUCGAUACUAAUGAGAUUCCCGACAGCUUCCGCAAGGGUGCCAGUGUCUUCCCUCGCAGCUACUUUCCCCGGGAAAUGCAAAGUCCUCCCCCCAGUGCUACUGGCUCACGUUUCUUUGGUGAAGAUCAUGAUGAUGACGGCAUCGAAGAGACCGAAGGCCGUGAGUCUAGUCGCCGCGGUGUUAACAGGACUGGUAAGGAGAUGGUCAAGGUUCCCAUGGGCGAAUCAUCAGGCGAGAUUGCCAUCCCUCGAAUGAGGAAAUCGACCCGGGGCAGGGAAGUCCGUCUUAAUGAUCUUGGCUACCGCAUGGCCUGGCUGCAGAGCCGAGUCUUUGCGGGCCGGACCGUGUUCUUGCAGCGAGCAUUGGACUGCUACCGUAACAAGACCCGUGCUGCUAUCGAGAGUGUCAUGCAAGAUGUCAAAACUGUUGCCCCUCAUUACGAAACCCGUGCUGGCAAGAGGCGAUGGAAUGAACGCAUGCGACGUGGUGCGAAGGAAGACGACGAAUAA